UCCCAGAACCCCCCGCGCGGCGCGUGCCUUCUCUCUUUCCUCAGGCGGAGACCGCGCGGAGCGGAGCAGCUGCUGGUUCUUCCUCUCGGGUUCCCCCCCCCCCAAAAAAAUACCGUUUCCCUCCUCUCACCUAACGGUUAUUGCGUGAGUAGAGACCAUUUCUUCUCACGGGGGGGGGGGAGGUGAGAAGGGGUUGCUAGGCGACGCUUUACCGGCAAAAAAGAGGGGGGGCCCUGAUACUUCAAAAAUGGGCUUGAGCAGAAACCGUCCCCCCCCACGUCCCAUCAUGCACCGCGGGGGCCUGACUUUGGACCGCCAAAACGGGGGGGGGGAAGGAGAAGGGCGCCCCUUGCAGAUGGAAUGGGAACCCAAAGGGCCAUCUAGUCUGACCCCCUUUGCUUCAGGGUUUUUGUGUUAUUUUCCUGGGUUUUUUUAAAAAAAAUAUUUUAUUAAGGGUUUUCUUGUUUUACAGAAGUAAGUGAAAUGCCUCGUAUUUUUUCCCCCCCAUGUAACAUUUUUACAAAUCCGUUUCAUUUGUUGAGGCAUUAGGGGGAGAAGAAAAAAAGGAAAAAAGAAAGGGGGUGGAGAGAGGGAAGAUGGAUGGGGGUGGGGUCGGGUGGCGUUCCUGGUUUUAUUGUGAUUUUUUUUUCUUACUCCCACCCCCCACAUGUAUGGAAGCAGGAGGCGGGUUAGGAAAGAGCCCCUUUUAUAGGUAGAAUUGUAGAAUCGGGAGGAGAUCCCUAGGGAUCAUCUGGUCCACUUCCUUUGCCUUCCUCUUCCUUUCUUUCCUGGCUAGAAAAUUAUUGUUGUUAUUCCUUUCUUGCUUUAUAUCCCACCCUUUUUCUCCUCCUCCCCCCCCAGACAAGGUGUCAAGGCAGCUUACACAAAUUAAGACAGCACGGAUAGCAUUCAAAAAGCUAAAGUAAAAAAAGCGAAAGGUGGUUGCAUAAAAGUAAUUGAACUCAAAUGGAACUGAAAUAGUGGCGUAUUUAUUAAUCUGGCUGUGUUUGUAGAACAAUAUUUAAACACCUCUAAGUGGGGUACACAAAAAUGCUGCCAUUUGCACCCCCCUUCCUGUGUUUCCCCUCUGUCUGUUUUAGAUUGUAAGCCCUUUUAGGGCAGGGACCUGUCUAACUUGUUUGUAAGGCACCAUACGCAUAGAUGUUGCUAUAAAAAAACUAUAGUAAUAUGUGGCAAAGUGAAAAAUUCAACUUUAAGAAGAGGGGUGCUGGGUUAUUUAUGAAUUUUUUUUACUCCACUUUUUCUCUCUGAGGAACUUGGGGUGCUCUUCCACUCAUCCCAGUCUUACCUUUCCCAUUGAUGUGGUCGUGAGUUGGGUUGUAAUUGGCCCAGAGAAUAAAUCUGAGAGGUUGCUGAUCCAAAUCUUGACUAUGAUUCAACAUUGUAGGCUGCCUUAGGCAAAUGAUUGUCUCUUGGCCUUAAGUUGGGAUGAUAACUGGUCUCUUCUAUAGCAUUGCUGUAGCACAUUGGUUAUAGUGUCUAGGGAGACUUGGGUUCAAAUUCUCACACAGCUGUGGAUCUCAUUGGCCGAUCUUGUUGCGUGAGUCACCAUCUCUCAUCCUUGCCUACCUCAUGGGACUGCUGUCUGGAUGAAAUAAGAGGAAGGAGAGCCAUGAACGCUGCUUUGAGCUUCUUGGAGGAAGGGCAGGAUAUUAAUGUAAUGUUUGUGAAGUCCUUUCAGUUCUUCAAAGUGCUAGGUAAACGCCAAGUUGCCGGGGUGUGCAAUUGGCCAUUUUGGCUGCUAGCAUUUAAAGCUGGUUUUUGCCAUUCUAAAUCAGGCUGCUAUGCUAUUCUGACUGACCACCUGACUGCCUCUCUUAUGCUGACCUAUCUUAUGGGUUCGGAAGAACUGCUUUGCUGAAUCAUACCCAAAGGCUGCUUAUUCUGGCAUUUUUGCCUCAGACAGUGGCCUUAUGGAUGCUUUUGAAAUGCUUCCAAGCGAGGCAUGAUCACUUCCUUUUGUGUCAUCGUUUGGUAGUUGGAGGUGAAAUUGGUAGUUUCAGGCAUAGUCUUCUGUUUUUGCCAUGGUAGUCCUGUCUUCCAUGAACUUGAAUAAUUCCUGAGGUUGUUUCCAAGCAGCUGUGAGCCAAUGCAACCUUCCUCCAGGAAAUAUAUAAAGCUGUACUUCAAGAAGUUUGUGGAUGCAUAUACAAAAAACUGCAUUUUCUCACUAGGUGGUCUCUUGCCACAUAUGUGAUCCUUUCUACUCGCAAGUGAACUGUUUGUGAUGGAGUCCGAGGCGUUCUCAAGAGGAAACUUUAUUUCACACAGUGCUCUCUGCAUAUCUCUGCCACCCAAGGAUUGAAUUCUUUCACCAACCUUCUCUAGCCCAGCUUCUUCAUACAGCUAAAGAAAUGUGUCUGCAUUUACUUCUUAAUAAUAAAUGUGAGGGAUUGUUUCUGGUUUCUGGUUUGUUACUGCCCCGUCUUAGAACCAUGACUGGCUACAACAUCUGCUGUAGCUAUAAAGCACUGCAGCAUUCCUGAGUAUAUCUGCCUGUGACAGUUCUAUCUUUGCAUUUCCUGCAUUCUAACCACUGUUCCAUUUUUAAUUCAAUGUUGUUAACUACUGUAUGCUAUCUUAACUGCUUGUGGAUCAUACAUAUUUUUUUUCUGCCCUGCAUUAAAUGUUUGCUGUUGGAUUUCCCUUUUCUUUUUAUAGCAGCAUUUCCUCUGUCCUUGUUCUUCUCUCCCCCCCCCCCCCCCCACUUUUGAGUUUUUAUUUUAGGUGACCCUUUAAACAGAAUACUGGACUAGAUGGGCCUUUGGCCUAAUCCAACAGGGCUUUUUUUUAAGGUUCCUACCCUUACUGUUGUGUUGAGGGUUCUGGUUCAGAAAACGGACAGGCAUCUCUAACCUGACACUGUGACAGAAUACCUUUAACUAGGAUUGGGAAAAACACAAGUGCCUUAAGACCUGGUGACAUAUUUUCUCAAAUGUUUUUCCUCCCCAUCAGAACCAAGGUUGUUGUUGUUGUUUAGUCGUUUAGUCGUGUCCGACUCUUCGUGACCCCAUGGACCAGAGCACGCCAGGCACUCUUGUCUUCUACUGCCUCCCGCAGUUUGGUCAUUAUUUUUUAAGCUAAGGUGCAAAUCUUUACUUGAGGAUUUUGCAGUUCCACCACCCUCGGAAGAUCGGAGCAGAGAGGUUGGUCCGGACCAGGGCAUUCUCUGCAGUAGCCCCUAAGUUGUGGAAAUCCUUCCCUACAGAUAUGUGUGUGUGUAGCACCUUCCUUAUACAUCUAACAGUCUUUGACACCUGAGAAGUGUGCUUUCAGGAUCCACACUAUUCCUGCAAUAGUAAUUAGUUUAAACUGUUUUAAUACUGAUUUUUCAGCAUCUGUAACUUCCGCUGGGACCUUGCUGGUGAAGGGCAGGUAAUAGAGUUAAAUAAUAAUAGUCAUAAUACAUUUUUCUUUUCAUUAUGAGGCCUUCUGAGGGAUUCUCUAUUAUGGUAGCCUCCUGCCAUAGAGGGCGAAGCUUUCAUGUUACAUACAGGGGAGAGAGCUACCCUUUGGGAGUGGAGCUGGUUUUUUAAGAGUCAAACCCUUUUUUGCUGCGUUGUGUUUCAGAUAUUUCCACUUCUGCACAGUGCCAUAAACAGCUACUACUUAUCUUGUAGGAUUGUGCUGUGAUGGUGGGUUUGAAUCUCUUGGUGGCUUUACUCUUUGGCUAGUACGAUUCUGGAAACAAAGCCAUCUUAACCUUUCUGUUUUCUGUCUUUCUUUCUUAAUGCUAUCCUAGGAACUAAAAAAGUAAGUACUUGCUCACAAUAUUCUUGCUCCUUUGUUUGCUUGACUUACUCGAAUGAAAAGUGAUGCCCAGUAAGGUAGAUCUACUAGGCUUGGCUUUUAAAGUAUUUAAUAGCAAUUGUGGCAUUAAGUAUUUAUAUUGUACUUGUGUCUUACAUUUUGAUGCUGAGGCUUUUGUGGAGGAGUGGAUAGCAUCUUAUUUCAACAAAAACAGCAGGAAUGUAAAAUUACUACUGUCUUCCACCAUCUACAGCCUCCUAAUGGAAAAUACGUCUUCUGCUGCUGAUAAUCUGAGGUGUAUUGCCUUUUAGACAAUUGUAUAUUGGUUUUAGAUUCUACCCAGCUCUUUUACAAAAGCUUGGUAGCAACUACUGAAAAAAUAAGUGAUUAACAGGAUACCACAUUAAAACCUAUUUAAAAUAAAUCUACAUUAGCUUUACUAUGGCUGUUGAAAGCCAGCCCAACCAAGAAAGCUUUUUCAGGCUGCCAGAAGGUAUUCAUGCUUGACAUAUCUCUAUUGUGAUUUCCACAACUGUGUAGUGACUGCUGAUUAACCUCGCAAUAUAUAUAAUUACCGCUCAUUCUAGGCGACAUGUACAGUACAGUUCUGGAGGCAUUCCUAUCACAACCGGUAGGAUCAGAGGAGAGGGUAAGGCCCACGCUAUUAAACUUUUAUAACCAUAAUCUUAGCAUGUCUCAAACAAAAAAAUAAUAGUAAUUAUAUUAAACUUAAAAUAUGCAUUUAAAUAACCCCACCUACUGUAAAAUAUUGCCUCCUUUUUGAAACAGCAGUUUCACUCACUGGUUUAAAGCAAUUGGCUCUAAUUCUGCUAAUCCCAGAAUAAGAUGGAACAUUUAGGGGGAACACCAUGUAAGCACCCUUUCUUUUUAAGGAUUUGGGUUUUCAAACAAAUUGUCUAUGCAGUUCAUGUAGAAAAAUCAUGCCCAUGUCUCAAAAGGGUGUAUCCCUUUUGAGAUAAUCCAAGUCAUAACUGAAAUAAUUUCACAAAUAUAUUUACUGCUGCUGAAUCCUUUUAGCUAACAGCUUCUCUCAUAACAUUUUCCAAAGUGAUAGCCCCAAUAUUUAGCAUUUUGUAAGUCACCUGAUUUUGGCCUUAGGGUGGAAGGGUCACUGCUUCUGUUAUGUGCUCUUUGACACUUCAAGCAACUGGAGAAUAAUAAAAUUAAACUCCUCUCCCCUCCUCCCCCCCUUAUUCACUGUUCCUUCUCAAAAUAUGGCUCUUUUCUCCAAAUUUAAUACAAGUAAUUUGUGGCUGUGGAAGAAUCCUAUCUAUCCCUUGUGUCUUUGUCAGCCUUUUGUUAAAAUCCUUGUUUUUUCCCUUCUCCAGCUCUUUCCCCUGACCCAAAACUGUAGCUUACUCUUUUACGCUGUUGGAUGCUGCUUCUAUUUCUAGGGGAAGCUUCAAUAUUCCAAAUUCUCCCCAAAUCCCUUAUCCCUUGCACUUAGUUAAUGGCUAUAUCAAAAGGUCGUGGAAGAGUUACCACGGAUGCAAGCACUGUUCCCACUUUGCUCCUCCCGUAAUACAAACUGGAACAGCAAACCACAAUUUCUGGCUUAGCAUGGUGUCCGGAUCAGGGAUCAUUGUUUAUUUCACUCCCCCCCCCCCCCAAUAAAAAAACCUGCUAUGUGAAUCCUAAGAUGUGCGCUUUUCUUGUCCAUGGCUUGUUUGAGCGACACAAACCACAAUCCCUGGUUUGGACAUAAUGCUAAGCAAGGGGUCAUGGUCUCCCCUGCUUGUACUAAGGGAGCAACAAAAUGGAAACUAUCUCCACCUUGACAAUAAACCAUUAACUAUGGUUUACGCUGAUGUGGAAUGCAGCCAGGGUUUCAUACAGCUUCUGCCAUGUAUGGGACAACUGGCUAAUUCCCUUUUUAUGCAACGUUAAAAAUACAUUAAAACUAGGAUUCUGAGGUUAUUGUAAAUAUGGGACCUACUUUGUGCGAUGUGCUGGAAAUGUGCAGUGUACCUGUUUCAACAUUCAUUAAAUGCACUGGGAGGCCAUGUGCAAGGAGAGGCAAGAGGUUUACUCCCAUCAGUCACUACUUUUCAUCCCCUGAGAUGGCAUUGUGAUGUCAUUGCCGUUCACUAGUCACAAUGCCCUAGAGAUUUUACACAAAGGAGACUCCCUUGACUAAGUCCAUACAGCUCCCAGCUUUUCAACAUCUUGAUAUGAACUUGUUUUCAAUGGGGUCAGGGCUGGACUUUUAAGAAGUAAAAUUUUCCAUUUUUUUUAGAACGAGCAUUCCAUUUCAAGUCACCAAUAGUAAGUAGGGAAAUUUAAAAAAUGCUUUUCAAGAAAUAGAAAGCUCAUUUUUAAAAUAAUCUUGUUUUUGGGGGUGUCCAGUGCUGAUGUGUCUUUCAAGUUAAUUCACUUAUACAAGAAUUACACAUUCACAAAAUUGUUCACAGUGAUAGACCCAAUAUUUAAUACUGUACCAAGAGCAUAGAUUUUAAACCACAUGGUAAAUUUCAAAAGUUUGGAUUUCAUUAAUAGCAUAAAUAUGGGCACAAAUCACACCAAUCACAGCUUUGAACCAAACUAAACCUCAGUAGGGCUUUUAUGAGAUGUAGAUUGGAUUAUGACCAUCAGCUGCACACUAUGAUAUUCGAAAUUUGAGGUCAGUUAUUCCCUUUGGACUUGUUGGACAGUUGCUACUGAGUCAUUUGUUCAUAUUCUGACAUCCUCUUGCAAAAGGAGUAUGGAGUCCUAAACAGUGCUCAUUUACAUUUUAAUAACUGAUGCUACUUGGAUAUAUAGCAAUGUGACUGAUAACUUUGGUUUAGAUAAUAAGUUUUAUCAUUUGAGCCUCAUGAAUAAAAGAUCAUCCACAAUGCGUAUGUUGUUCCCAGCCUACAAAUGAACAGUGAAAUUGAUUUGCUAAUUUUGAGAGACUUGGCCAACAUCUGUUGAUCUGCUAGAUAGUCUGUGAACUUUGAAGAGCCGUUUGUUGGCUCUGGGAGGGCUAAUAUUGCCUAACCCACAAAUUCCAAUCCAAAAUAUGGCAAUUACUUGAUCUACUUUGCCUCUGCCAUUGUGUGUGAUGAUGUCCUCUGUGGUGGUACCUCGGUUUUUGAACGUAAUCCAUUCUGGAAGACUGUUCAACUUCCGAAACAUUCAAAAACUGAAGCAUGAAUUUCUGGAAGCAUUUACAUCUGGAAAACUCAAUACGGAAGCCGCGUGGCAUAUUUGGCUUCUGAAAAGCGUUUGAAAACCGAAGCAGUUAAUUCUGGGUUUUUGGCGUUCGAAAGCUGAAACGUUUGACUUCCGAGACGUUAAAAAACUGAGGUACCACUGUAUAUUCCAGUGAACACGAUGUGCACUGGAAGACAGAGGGUGCAAACCAGAUCGUUUCAUUGCUCUUACUGGUUCUUGUCUGCAUCCCAAGAUACAGAACUAAAUUUAUGCUGCAUCAAAUAAAUCUACUUUUUGCCCCAUUGUGUAACAACAAAACAAUUUUGGCAUAUGAAAUGUAGUUUGGGGAGACAGAGCCUUCUAGAGCAGCUUAUUUUGAGCAGCUUUGAAAAUUGAGUAAUUCAAGCUGUGAAUAGAGCACAAAACUCUUGCGCACUCAAAACGCCAUUGGGUUAUAUCCGGCUGUGUUUUACUCAGGAGUCAACUAACUGAAAUCAAUUGAUCCAAGCCAGUCAUGUCCGUUAAUUUCAGUGGAUCAACUCUUGAGUAUGACUAGCAUUGGAUUUUAACUAGGGCUCUGCAUAUAUGUAGGUAGUAGAACCUGAGGUCUUGAAAUGAAUAGAACCUAACUGCAUGCCAUUAGUAUGUCUUAGGUUUUUUCCCCUUGCAACUAUAUUGCUGUGCUUGUUUCUUAAUGCUGCCUCCCCGUUUGGAAGAUGAGGACAAGGAAGCUGCUUUAUCCAGCGGAAAAAGUCUGGGUGGACAAGCACAAGUAUGACGAGGCAGAGAGGCUCCACUAUGAGAGGGAAGCAACCUUAGCAGCUUCCGCUGCCGGGGCCUGUCAAGAGGUGGUGGCGGUGAACGGCUUCUGCCAUGAGGAGGACCCUGUGGAAGAAGAGGUGAAGGGAAACCUGUGGAGGGCAGGAAGCAGGAAGAAGCAAAAGAAAAGGAAGUGCUCCCCCAAACGCAAGCCUUUAGACCCCAAAGUGGACUUUGUCCUGGCCGGGUUACUGGCUGACCGUGUCUGGUUUGACAAACCUCUCUUUGACCGGGCGGAAACAGCUUACAGGAAGAAGCUUGCCGAAAUGUUGUUGCAGGAGGCUUCUGAGGGGCUCCCGGCCGCUGAGCAGUCUGCGCUGGUGCCCUGGUCAGAGGCAGAGGCAGAGGUCUUCCAAGGUGAUACGAGGCCACAGAGAAACCUGGCUGCCUUGCACUGUGCCCAUGGUAGCCUGAUGGCCUGCCACCACAUCAUCCAUGAUGUUUGGGUUAACAAGUUCAACUUUGACGACGCUGAGAAGCUGUUUGUCGAAAAAUCCCAGUUGGUGGCUCUACCACAGACCCUGGACCUCUCAUCCACGCCAUUGCACAGCAGUAGUGGACUAACACCAGAUGAAGGCUAUGUGACUGCACUGCCUACUCCUUCAACACCAGCCCAGCCUGCGGAUGUCAUUGUGGAUACCGGUGCGUCCCCAAAUCUGCCUGAUACUUUGAUCCAGCCGGUGAACGGCAAGCCUCAGGUGUCGAGUUUGCAGGCGCUGAUCUCGGAGGUGUGGCUGGAAAAGCCUAUCUACGAUGACGCAGAGAGAUGCUUUUACACAAACAUGUUUGACGGGCACCCUCCGGGAAAGGUGAGGUUGCAGGAGUGUGGGCGCCCAGAGUCUUCCAAGAGGAGCCGGAAGGACAAAAAGGGCCGUAGCACAGGGAAGCAGGCAGCAGCAGGCAAGAGGGGCAACAACAACAUCUCUGCAACGGCACCUCCAGAUUCUGCACUCUCACCAGCCACUUGGUAUUUCAUGCACAAGGACAGCGAGUCUGCGUGGCUCAGCAAACCCACCUACGACAGUGCUGAGGCGCAGUACUACAUCUCCAAAGCCUCAAAGCUGGCAAGCAAGCAGGAGAGCGCCGGAAUGCCCGAAACGAUGUUAGCAAAGCCAUCGCAGCCAGCUGCUCUCGCUUCAAGCGCACCAGAGUCUCAUGCUAAGUAGGAAACGCUUGUUCUGGGGUAGCAUUCCCAAACCUAAUGGGCCAAGAUAGUGUGGAAAAGCUUCUGUAUGUAAAACAUUGAAAUGUGUUGUGUCCCACUGUAGAAAGAUGUAAGCAAGCCAUAAUAGGUUAGAAGGAGGAAGGGAAUGGUUUUAUGAUUUGUCCUCCUCAAUUGCUGGUAGUGCUGCUCUGUACUAUUUAAGCUUAUAAAUUAUUCCCAUUACUUUUGCAGAGCCUGUUAACUUGUUCAGGGGAGGCAUCUGAAAUAGGAUUUACUAUCUCUGUGUUAUUAUUACUUUUAGGGGAUUAGUACCCUGCUCCUCAUGCAAAAACCUUCCAACUGACAUGCAUCAGAAGAGCAAUUUGCUUGAUUAUAUAUAUAUGUAGAGCAUUAAGACGUUCUGCAUAAUUUUAUAUACACAGGUCACAUCUAUUUUUCAUGUGCCUAAUUUGUGGGAGCUUUUGCUUUUGUCAGAUAUGGAAAAGCUUUUUUAAAAAUAUGACUUUCCCAGAUACUGUAUCUGACCCUUUCUGGCUGUCUCAAACCCUGGCCGUAUUAAGCUGGAACUAUACCCUAAAGUGCUUCUUAGCAAAGAAUUGUUGUCACUUGAAGGUACAGUGGUGCCUCGCAAGACGAAAUUAAUCCGUUCCGCGAGAGUCUUCGUCUAGCGGUUUUUUCGUCUUGCAAAGCAAGCCCAUUGACGGAUUAGCGCUAUUAGCGGUUUAGCGGCUAUUAAAGGCUUAAAGGCUUAGGGGAUUAGCUGCUAAAAGGCUAUUAAAGGCUAUUAAAGGCUUAGCAGAUUAGAUAAAGGGGGGGAAAAGCGAAAAAAAUCUCAAGACUCGCAAGGUAUUUUCGUCUUGCGAAGCAAGCCCAUAGGGGAAUUCGUCCUGCGAAGCAACUUCAAAACGGAAAACCCUUUCGUCUAGCGGUUUUUCCGUCUUGCGAGGCAUUCGUCUUGCGGGGCACCACUGUAUGCUGAGUGGUGACUAUGGCUUUGGUGGUUUUGGACUGAUCUGGAAAGGUUUGGAACAUUUAUGUGAAUGGAAUGAACCAAACAGAUACCUCUGAAAGGUGCUUCUUUUUGUUGGCUCUGCGUUUCCCUGCAGUUUGUUUCCUGUCAGGUUCUCCCCUUUCCCUCUUCACUUAAAAUCUUCUAUCCUUUGAUCCUUUUCUGUGUCACCCUGCCCAAUAGCAACCAUGUAGUCUCUCCUGCCAUGCAGUGAACCUCCCUUAGUUUUGAAUUCCACUGCCACAUGCAAAAUUCUCACCUCUGUUUAUGAAAGCCCCUAUUUCCCAUCUAUGUUAUGCUUCUCUUUUGGCCAGUUUACCAAACCACUGUGUACUAGAAGGAAGGCCUCCACAAAAGGGAUGGGAUGUUUUGCUCUUUAGUAAACUUUGCCCUGGUGCUUGGCUUUGCAUUAUUUUAAGCAGGUCUAUGCUGUGUCCAUUGGUGGACGUUGGUUAAUGUGGCUUCAUAACACUCCCUCUUUUUUUGCCCAUAAGAGUUGAAGUGCUACUAAAAUCAUUUACCUAGAAUCAUUUUGGUGGCUUAUUCAGGUGUCCAUAGAGCUGGUGUCAUAGCUACCCUCCUGUCUGGGCAAAGGAACUCUCCUAGCCCUCCUAGAAAGGCAAUGUCAGGAAAAGGUUGUUUGAACAUGAGCAUAUUGAGAAAAAAUAUUCUUAGCUGUUGGUUGGACUGUGUGGAUUUUCACGUGUCUUGUCUCAGGGUAGUUGAACUGGUUUUUUUAAAGAAUGCUUGCUUAUCUUGCAAUGUCAAAAGGACUGAACAGGCAACCAAGUGACAGAGCAGUAGGUUCCUAAUUGGUCCCAUUUACACAAGCCUUCCCAUCUCGGGUAGGGAAGAUCAGUGGGAUGUGGCCCAGUGGGAUGGAAGAGGGAGAUGAUGUUUGACUAAGCUGGCCCUAACCGUUGACCUGAAAUAUUUCUAGGUAUUUAUUUAGUCUCCCCCUCUUUUCAGAAAUAUGGCUGCCAGCUUCCUCAUGCAUGAAAAGAUCUGGUUUGACAAGUUCAAAUACGAUGAUGCUGAGAAGAGAUACUAUGAACAGAAGAACGGUCCAGCUGCUAGCCCCUCCUGCCACCAGGUAAGAGGCAAAUACUGUCCAGGGGAAACAGGCAGCUUGCAUGGCACAAUCCUUCUGGAGCAGGUAGCAAUAUGGUGGGGGCUCUCUUCAUACCUCUAUGAAGUCAUUUCCAUUAACAAUCUCACCACCUACUGAACACCAGAUGAGCUUUGCUAGCCUUUGCCUAGCCUCCUGCUAAUCAGAUGUCUGUGGGAAGCCACCUCCUGCUAGUUCCUGACCACCACCAAGUAACUGAUAUAUUGCUUGGUACCUGUAGGAGCUAUGAAACAAUAUCCUAUGUAGAGUACCUCUCACAUUAUUCUUGGAGCACCAGACGUCUUAAAAUUCUCUUCCUGCCUAUCAUCUCCUUGUCAAGUACUGGGCUUUUGCCUUUGGUUGCAGAACAAUCGCCCUGCUCCCCCCCCCCCCACUCUAUGGUAAAAGGGAAUCCAAAACAUGUUAUUUCCCAAUGGGAUGCACUGCUUUGAGAGGGCAAGUUCUCCUUUCCCUGGUGCGUUUCCAGGGAAGAAGAGCUCCUCAGCUACUGUACAGGUGCUGUAGUUUGAGUACUACAAGAGGUAGUGAUUGCCAAGCAGGUAAUUUCCAGCUUAGCUCCAUUCCACAUUCAUUACCCCUUGCCCCUCGAGCCUUGCAUUCUUUGCACUUCUAAAUGUUUGUCCUUGAGAGUGCUGGCUAGGGUAGAACAAUGUGCAUUAAAAUAAACUUUUGAGCUAUUUGAAAAGGAAAAUGAAGCCAUAUUAGCUGCAUUCGGGUGCAGUGCCAAAGUAUGACUUAACUAUAUGAGGCCUCACCAUGGUGAGGUUUGGUCUCGCAUGUUCUCCUUCUCUUCCCACUUCCUUUAUGUGCAAGGGGAGAAAACUUUACUCUUCCAGUUGUGCUUUGUGACAAAGCACAAUUCUCUCCUUCCCCCGCGCCCAAAUAUAUGCAACUGGCUUUUCCAAAUGGUGUCAAACCAGGAUCUGAUCGUGGUUUGAUGAUCCUAAUUUAACCAUCUGUAGUUUGCUACAAAGAGAAAACGAAUGCUUCAGAUUUCCUCUUUUGUAGGUGAAGGGCUGGAAAGGCCUGUUAUGACACAUUCCCAUAUUGCUAAACCAGGGAGGGGGGACAUUUUUGGUCUGGUGGCCCAGAUCUACAAUUCUCUUUUGUGCACCCAGACUAAACAGGACUGAACACUCCGCACAUCAGCUGGUGAGAGGGGAAUGGAAUCCUGCUGUGCCUGUCUGCCCCAUACCUGAUGUCACAUAGGAUGUUUGGUGUGGGGCAGGUGAGUGUGAUUGCAGGAAAAUGAUCUUGCAGGCCAAAUGGGGAGGCCUGGUGGUCUAGAUUUGGCCUGUGGGCCAGAGGUUUCCCACUCCCGUGCUAAACCAUGCUUUAGUGUUCCAUCUGAAUGCAGCCACUGACGGAUUUAAGCUGUUUCCCAAUAAUCCAGGUUACACUGAAAGGACAGAGUAGGAACAGCCUUGCCUCCUUGGCAUUGAAUGAUGGAGAUGAGAGGCAGGAUUCAGUAGUGUUGAUAAGGUUUUCUAGGCUGCAAGAAAACAGCUGUAUAGCAGGGAGCAAAGCUUUGUGACUGAACAGGUUCCAUAGAGGUUGCUGUUGACUCUGUUAUAGAAGAUGGCUUGUAAGGAAGGGAGAAAGUGCAGGAAAUUCUUACAUGUUCUUUCUUACGAAUGUUUGCCGGCUGUUAUGAACAGCAUUUGUUGGACACCCGCAUACUCCCCUCUUCCUCACAACCUGCAACUUCUUUUAUCUGUGGCAGCUCAUCUAAAACCCACUGUGUCUGUACAUGCAAGACAUUUCCCCUCUCUUUUCUUGCCAGUUUAUAUAGGCCCCUCCCUAAGGGUAAUAGAAAAGUUUAUAUAGACCCCUCCUUAAGGGUAAUAGAGUGGAAGUCUCCAGAUUAGACCAAAACGAAAUUAAAGUUCUGACUCGGCAGCAGCACAAAGACUUGUAGCGGUGUCAACUGAAUUUCUGCAAAUUUGUCCAGGUUAAGGUGGAAACCCUUAAUGUAGUGGCUGGGCCACAAAUAUGUAAAAAUGCAAAACUGAAAGAUGGUUGAAAUCUGCAGGGCUUUUUUAAAAUAAUUGCCUGGAUGGUAGAUGCUGUACCUGUUCAGCUACAGUUGUGCUGCCUUCAGUAGUUACACGAUUGUAGGAAUUAGAAAUGCUCACCUGUGAGCAAUUGUGCACAUGGUACAAGCUCUCAUAGGGGCAGGCUGUGAGUGAAGCAGAGGGCUCUCUUUUCUCUGGUAAGCAGGAGAUCAAGUGAAGUUUGCCUCAUAUCCAGAAGCAUCAGCUUCUAAGUAUUCAGUCUCCCAGGGCUUAUUCUCCAAGCUGCUUUGUUAGUUAGUAAGGAACUUGAAGCAAAUGAGACUGACAUUCAUUAGGGCAAUGAAAUUGAUAAGCGUCUUCUUUACAUCUUGAGAGCAUGACAGUGUGAUGGCCUAUACUUGUCUAAUAAAGAUUUGGCGAAGUAAGUAGAGAACAUGACAGUUUAGAAGGAUGGCUCUUGCCAGGAAGGAUUAGAUUGGUGCUUUCCAGGGCCCUGUUUUCUUUUGGGGGUUUUUUAACACAUCAGGGGCUGCCUGGCAGUGUAUGCCACAAGAGAGACUGAAGUGUGCCUUCAGUAUUCACCAUUCCAAACACGGAUUCUUUGACGCAGCUUGCACUAUCACUAGUCACAGGGGAAUCCUAGAACACCCAACAUUGGCCAGAAAGUUCUUUCCCAUCCCUGAACCCUAACUGAAUGGACAGAAAACAGCAUAGACUUGGCUGUCCCACAGUUCUAAAGAACUGGUUGAGAAACUGCACAUCUUCCUGCCUUGCAAAUAACUUGACAGUUAUUUGAUUCUGUUUUUUUGGGUAUAAGACUGAAGUGUGUGUCCAUUUCUUUUUGUUUAAACCUGUGCCACAGGUGUCAAAGGUUUGGGAAAACGCUCAUGUAGGAUCUGAUGCAUACUAAUCUCAGCUUAGUUUGUGUGGAGGGCUUCAGAUGCAUGGCCUAGGCAGCGUGAUUGCCACCAUUAGAACAGCACAGCUUUCAUGAUUUAACAGCAGUUGUUAUGCCAGAAGAUACAGUCUAGAUUAAAGUUAAACCCAUCAUCAGGUCAGCAUGAGGAAACUUAUGUUCAAGGCUGUGAUGUGUAGAUUGGAAUACCCCACACAGAAUUUGGUAUCCUGAAAAAAUUCACCUAAAAAGUUUCAAGUCACAAUGGUUGAGAGGUGCUUGCUAACACAUGACCUGGAGAAAACCUCAGAUGAGAGGGGAUCUGGUUUGCCAGCAGCUGUGGCAUCAGUGCUUGGCCCAACUCUGCCCCCCAUCUCAUGGCUUCCUUUUCAUGUUAUACAUCUAGCCCAGGUAUGCUUGCCAUCUCCACCAUGUUUCCAAUUCUGUCAGCAUCAUUCUUGAUGUGGUUGGGGAGAUGCCAGGUUUUUUGAAAGCCUGGCGCUUAAGAGCAGAAUCUUGUUCAAAACCAAGUAUAUUCAAAUUUCAUAAUCUAGGCCAGCGUUUCUCAAACUUGGGUCUCCAGCAGUUGUUGGACUACAACUCCCAUCAACCCUGACCACUGGUCCUGCAAGCUAGGGAUCAUGGGAGUUGUAGCUCAACAACUGCUGGAGACCCAAGUUUGAGAAACACUGAUCUAGACCAAAGAAUGCAAGUCUCAGUUCAGGAUAUGCGACUGCCCUGCCUUUGAUGUAAGAAAUUUAUUGUGUCUAUAAACCCACUCUAUUUGCAUAGGGUGGGUAGCAGCAGUAUAAAAAAGCACUUUUGUCAAUUCAAAGUCUGCAUGUGCACUUUCUGUGGGGAAUAGGGUCACUGACCCAGAUACUGACUUGGGUAUGGCUGUGUCAUGAAUAGCUACACCCGCUUCUCUGAUGCAAAAGUUGGUGGGAAGUUGGAGCGUCCCGGUGGCUUCUGCCUGAAUCCUAUCCUGCAGCUAUUCCAGAAGACAGUCUGGCUAUAUAGCUGCUGACAACAUAGUUGUUUCAUUCCGUGGAUGGAUUUUUACGCUCACUAAUUUUUUUCAAUGGCUGACUGCUCUCGUACACAGUAAAAACACUUUCCCUUCUUUCAUGUGAUCCACCCUCAGUAAUUUCGCCUGUAUCUGUUUGUGCCUUUUAAAAAAGAACAAAAAAACCAAACAAAAAACCAAACACUUGGUUCUUUCUGCACUGUUUGCAGGAGAACGGAGCCAGCACGAUCCUACGCGACAUUGCCAGAGCCAGGGAGAAUAUCCAGAAGUCGCUGGCCGGAGUGAGUACCUGGGCGCUCUCUCACCAGCUGGCUAACUGCAUUCAUUUUUCCUAGCUAUGGCAUAUCUCACAGAUAUAACUCCCCCUGCUCCUACUGUGACUGAUUCCCCCCCCCCCCGAGCCUGUGCGUGUGUCGCUUUUCUUACCAUAAGUCAGAGGGGAUGGAUGAGGUGGAAUGAGCUCUGUCAUAUCAUAGCAUCCUAUUUGUGACAUAAUCCUGCUUGCUCUAGCCAGACUGCAUCUGCAGACUAACCCAAAGUGGAAUUGCGGUGUGGCAUUCCAUCAGCUCAUAAUUCAGAACCAGAGCAUGCGCUUGGCAGCAGUCAUAGGUUUUGCUAGGUUGCCAUUUCAGACGGCAGGUUGCAGCCUUGAAUGCAGCCUUGUGAUAUGUGCUCGUAUGUCAGUUCUACUCUAGCUUCUUGACAUACAUUGGUGGUUGGGAGCUUAUAACUUGGGGGGUAAUUCAAGCAUGCAUCCCCCCCCCCAUCUGAUCUGGCAAAAUAAAUUGCAUGCAACUUCCUCUGUUUCUGUUCUUUGCGGGCUUAGCAAUUGCUUAGCUUCACACUAACGUAGCACUUCAGGGACAGCAGUUGACCUGUCAGCAGGGGCAUUUGUGAGCUGAACAGUGAAUUUCUUGAUCCAGUUUCCGUUAAGAUAUAUACAGAGAGAUUGCAUUUGCACAUUCUGCCUCCGGUGAGCUGGUUUGGCUGUGAAUUUUAACUCUGAAUGCUGCUGCAGUAGCUUAGCCUGGGUUCACCUAAACAAAGGCAGUUGACUUUCUUUAGCAAUCACAUUGCUGUUCCUCCUGAGGAGCUUGGAGUCAUUUGCACAGGUUCCCAGGCUCUCCAAAUUCCUUAGCUUCAGCAAUAGAACUGGAUCGUAUGCAGUUUGGUUCAGGAACACAAACUUCAAUUUGAUGUUUAGUGGGCAUGUCCUCUAUAGUUUCCCAUAAAGAGAAUCUUGUUCAGUAAAGCAGGCAAACAAUAUCCCAGAUUCUUCCCCAAGUGAUUUUUUUUUAAAGAAAGUAGCCCUCACCCACAUUCUUAGAUUCAUGCAAAGUAAAGCCCCCAUUUCAGCUCCUGAGUGAGAACAGGAGUUGUUUUUAGGAGCGGCUGUUGAACUGAAGUAACAGUCCGUGUUAACUGUGACCUCGGCUAUGGAGCAUAGCUAGAGUGCAUAGUGUAGAUUUACAGUUUCCAGAAAAUUUGAAGCCAUAGUGGGAGGCAGAACUGUAGUUCUGCCCCCUCCCCCUGGAAAUUUUUGUGCAAAAUAAUGUAUUGCAUAUUAAACCAAAAUUACUUUGCUGCUUUAAGUACAUAAAAUGCAUCAUCUAUAACUCAGCAUAAGAGUUUGCCCCCCAGAUUUCCAAUCUUUGUUGGGAAAAUGAAAAAAGCCCUCAUAGGUGGACAGCAAAAAGCUCCUCUUUCCCUUUGUAUAUAUAUUUUUCUGAGCCUCGUUGACUCUAGCGCUUCUUAAUGCUGCCCUCUGCUGACAUUAGGAUAUGUCUUCUGUUUUUAGCUUGUGUAUCUUAAAAAAGAUUAGAUUUUUCUGAAGAAGCCAGAAAAUCUUAUUUGCAGGAGAGGGCAUAUAGUAAAGCAGUCGUCGGUAGCCCUGUGUGGCAUGCGUCUGCUUUCUAUUAGCCACAGCAAAUUGAGAAAAUGAAGCUGUACUGCCUGGGGCUGAUGGAAGUUGUAGUCCAAAAUAAGCGAAUAGCUUCAGGUUAAGAGAGGCUGCAGCAGAGGAGUGAGCUGAAGUGACUCAUGAGUGUUAGAUGUGAAGCAGAAGAAUGUGGGGUUUGGGGUGCUGCGAGAAGAUCAUUCACUUUCAAGAACACACCUUGGAGACUUACAAAAAAGACAAAAGAAAUUUGCCUCAUCUUCUUGCAUUUAGCCGGGAACUUUCAUUCAUUUGCAUGGCUUCCUUUUGAAAACAAAAGGGCAUUUUUCUUGCUUGAUUUCAUGCUUGCAUUAAUCUUGGGUGUGUUAAUUUGAGCCAGUGAAGGGUUUUAUUUAUUGACUGAAUUUGCAUCCUGCCCUUCCUGCCGAAGGAGCCCAGGGCAGUUUUGACUUUGAAUUAUGCCUGGAUGGCUCUGGAUAACACUUGGUUGCUUGGCAAGUAGACGUGCGGCAUAAGCAGAAUAAAAAAGCCAUUUGCGUCAAGACGCAGCACCUCUUUCCAUUUUGCAUUUGCAUGGUCUCUCUGUUUCAAAUAACGGCUAUUUUUUGCUUUGUUCUGUUCAGCUGCAGCACUUCUUAUUUUCUGCAUGUGUGGCGUAUUAAAUGGGUACGUGUCUUAAGUUGAUGAACAGGUAGGGGUCCCUCACAGUGGGUUUGAUUUGACACUCUUUGACGUCACAUGGCUGAAGCAGAGAAGAGAGAACAAAACGUGACUCCCUUGGGCAGGCAUAGGCAAACUCGGCCCUACAGAUGUUUUGGGACUACAAUUCCCAUCAUCCCUGACCGCUGGUCCUGUUAGCUAGGGAUCAUGGGAGUUGUAGUCCCAAAACAUCUGGUGGGCCGGGUUUGCCUAUGCCUGCCCUUGGGCAUCUUCUUGCCUGUUUCCAUGCCUCUUAAAUUCAGCCCCAAACUACCGUAUUUUUUGCACCAUAACACUCACUUUUUUCCUCCUAGAAAGUAAGGGGAAAUGUCUGUGCGUGUUAUGGAGCGAAUGCCUGCGGGUGGCGGGGGGGAUCUGCUGCAGUCGUGAGCAGAGGAUCCAUGGUUCCCCUUCCUUCCCUCCUCCGUGGUUACAAAGCAUGGAUCCACAUGGAUUUUUGCAUUGGGCUACUCCAAACUCACUGUCAGAUCACAUGUCUGUGGCCACAGCAUGAACCACAAAAAUCAUAUAUCCACUAUUUUGUUUAGAAUAUUUUUUUUUCUUGUUUUUCUCCUCUAAAAACUACGUGCAUGUUAUGGUCUGGUGCGUGUUAUAGAGCGAAAAAUACGGUAUGUGUACUGGAUUCAGUACUCUUAAAACUUGGAUAGUAAGACAGCCUUGUAUUUAACAACUUGCCUGGUGCGUAUAGCGGGUUAGGAGUCCCACACAGGUGAGUGAGUAAGCUGGUGCAGAAGGAAUGGAUCUCUCCAUUCUGCUUGGUUUCCAUGCCAACUGCAGAAAACGAAGUGGAACUCUCCCCCUUCUCUCUGUCUUCCCUCCACUGGCUUGUUUGGGAGGGAGCAGUAUUUAUUCUCUCUCUCUUCCCCCCCCCCUCUUUCGCCCUCUAACCAUCUUCUAUUUCUACAGUGAUUCACUGCAGCCAGCAUGGAGACACAAAUUGCUAGCCCCUUAGGCUAAUAAAAAAAGGUUCAGGCUAGUUCAGGCUGAUUUUUAUUUGCAAUAUUUUACUCUGUCUCAUCAUUGCAUAGUGAAACCAGGGCAGGCAAUAGUCAAAAUGUAAAAUUCUAAAACAGUUUCCAGUUACAAAGUUAGGAAGCAGGAACAAACAAUUCCUGCUUUCAAUUUCCAGUUACAAAGUUAGGAAGCAGGAACAAACAAACAAAGAAUUCGAGACCAGGGAGAAGGGUCGAUGGAAGAAGACUGGAAAAAAUUUAAAAUAUAUCUUCAAAAAUAUUGUAAUAUAAAAGACUGUUAGAAAGAUGUUGGAAAAAGAAAAUUAGGUCAUUUUGGUAGAUAUGAUAUAAAGGAUUAAGCAAAAAUGAGUUGAUGAAAUUGAUGAAACAGAGGAUGUUUAACUAUAUUAUUUUAAAUUAAAAUACAUAAAUGAAAAUAAGGUUAGAAGGACUUGCUGGAAAUACGAUCUGAACUAGAAUACAAAAUUGGGAGGUGAGAGGAGGUCAUGGAAAUAAGUAAAGGGAAAAGGUUAUGUAAAGGUUUAAUCUGUUUUUGUUCUAUUUUAACUCAAUGCAUUUUUAUAUCUUUUGUUUUGUUUUCUUUUUUACUCUAUUUUAUUGUUCACUUUUUUCUUGUUACCUUUUGCUUUGUUAUGGUUAAAUUUUUCUUUGUAUUUUGUAUUUUUUUUUCUUUCUCUUUUUGUAAUUUUAAACUUGGAAUAAAUAUCAUUUAAAAAAAAAAACAAAGUUAGGCAGCAGCCUGUGGGUCCCCAGAUGAUGUUGGACUACAACUCCCAUCAUCCCUGAGCUCUGGCCUUGCUAGCUAGGGGUGAUGGGAGUUGUAGUUCAACAACAUCUGGGGACCCACAGGUUGAGAAAGGUUGGAUAAACAGUCUUGUCCAGGCACCAGAGGAGUCCCAUAAAAGCCUGCUGGCAAGUAUGUGUGUUAAUCUGGCGGUGAAAGAUCUUCAGUAGAUCAUUUCAGCCCUAAUCCCUGGCCUUAACCCGGGCUGAAGUGGGUCAAGAUAACUGGUCUAGGCAGUGCUAUUUUUCUGGGAAAAAAGGUGCCAGAACUCACCAUGAACACCUCCCUCAUUCUCUUAGAAUGGCAAUGACGCCCACCGGAGAGAUGCUGGAACUAAGCGAGUUCCGGCUGGAAAAAAAGCCCUGGGUCUAGGAGAUAGAUAACUUUGGUCUUAAUUGCAUUUGGUAGAAUUCAAGAUCUGAAACAAUUAGUCAUUCCUGCUUUAAAAAAAAUCAUUUGGUAAUUGUAGGUCCUUUAGCUCAUUAAAAGCUUUUAAAGCUGUGGGGUUCCUUUUAAAGCAUUUGUUUGGAAGAUUUAUAGACCACUAAAUAUUUGACAAUUUUAAAAAGGAUUUCCCAUCCUGUUUCUUUUGCAUUUCCUUGUUAAAAACUUGGAAUGGCAGCUUGAACUAAGCUCUAUUGUAGGCUUUGGAAGCCAGGCCACUACCAAAUGCGGAGGGCACCAGAUUGACCAAGGCUGCUCUGUUAAAAUUGCCCGGAUCAGUACUGUCAGCUUCUUCAGGGGAAGAGAAAGGGAUUUGUGGUGGUGGUUUGUGAGCACAGCGUAAGAGUUUUGUGGGUGUGUUUUUCUUUGUUAUGCAUUUGAUUUCUCUGGCUGCUGUAACACUCCUAUUUUUAAAGCAAUUUGCCAUUCCUCCCCUGCUUAUUAAAGGGAAGGACUGAUUAUCCUGAUGGGCUUCCAGAACUUGUUUUUCCACAACUUGUUCUCUGAAUUGAUUUAAUUGUGUUGUCUCAAACGUUCCAGCUACAGGACAGCAAGCUUCCUAAGUGGGUUUUUUAGAGGAAUAAACAAAUUAUGGUGACUUGGGCCUAGUGCUAAGUGUAACAUGAACUCAUUUUGAUUAGGAGGGUCGGUUACAGCAUGUUUAAAAAUAAAAAAAUAACCAGGCUACAAAUGGAGCUGAUGAUCAAUUUAUUUUAAUAAUUCAAGGAAUGGCAGAUACAAAAUGCAGAGCUAUGACAGUACUAAGAGAUGGAGAGGCAAGUUGCAAGGCAAAACUGGAUAAAAAAAAACCUGCAACAGAACCACAAAUAAAAAUUUAAUGCCGAAAAGAGAGGACAUUUUCAUUUGGGAAAUAGAAAGCUGCCAUAUAUCAAGUCAGAACAUUGUUCCAUCCUGACAGCACUCUCCAGGAUUUCAGUUGGAGACAUUCCCAGUCCUAUCGAGUUGUGGGAGGUUGAACCUGGAACCUUCUGCAUUCAUUUUUUUUAAAAAAAUAAUAUUUAUUAAUAAUUUCAGAAUUACAGAAAAAAGAAAAAAACAACACUACAAUACAAAAAAAAAGAGAGAAACGCAAAACAUAAAAACCAAUACAGCAAAAAAAAAAGGAGGGGGGAAAAAGACACAAAUCCCAAAUUGCAUAUCUAUAAUUUCCAUUUGCUUGUUUCAUUGACCUCCUCACACCUCCCUUUUUGUAUUCUAGUUUAAUUAAUUGUUUCAGCAAAUUCUUUCCAUCUUUCUCAAUUUUUGUUAAAAAAUUUAUCUUAACAAUUUAACCUAAUAAUUAACUCAACAAAUCCUUUCCAUCUUUCCCCAUAUUCUGUUAUUCAAAUUACCUUAAUUUAUUUAACCUUAUCUUACCCCAAAAUACCUUAAAGCUUAAAUCUUAGUUUUCAAAUAUACAUAGCUCCUGAUAUCAUUUCUGCUAGAGUCAUAUAGUUUCAUUCCAACAUUUUCCCUAAUAUUCAUUAAGCUAAUUCUAAAUAAAAAGUUUUCUUUAUAAAUUUUCUUCCAAUCAUCAUCCAGCGUCUCUUCUUCCUGGUCUCGGGUCGUGUCAGUCCUUACUGUCCAUUCCAUCUAGUCCAUCAACCUGGAAGCCUUAUGUCCGAGGCCCUUAAGUCUCUUCCAUGUCCCUUCUGCAGUUCUUCUUCUUCUUCUUGUUUAUACUUGCCCUUUUCCUUGUCUUUUGUUGGUCUCUUUCUUAAUUUCUUUCCUUUCUCAUUGAGGAGUAGGUCUCUGGGGGAUUCCAACCCAAAAUUGUCUCCAUCUCCCUUCAUCCAGCCCGCCCAUUCCCCACAGUCCCACUCUCCACAGUCCUCGAUAUAAUCCAAAAAGUAUUUAAAAUCAUAUUUCAAGGUCUCUCCAAGGUUAGGAACCUCCUCAGCUCCAAACUCCCCCGGCCCACUCCAACUUCAAUCUUCAAUAUCAGCGGCUUAUGCUCCUGUAGGGCCUCGGGUCUCUCCAUUUGUAUUAUUUGAGGUGCAGCCGCAUCCUCCUGGACCCUUCUGCAUUCAAAGCAGGUAUUCUACCACUGACCUUUGGCCCUUCACCAUUGUCAUAAUAUGCAACAUCAGACGAAGGUAGGAGGAGUUGUGGCAUACAUGGAGAUGGUGCCAGUGGUGCAAAAUUUAAGAAUCAUUCUAGGAAUCUAUGGUAUAAACAGGUUGUGAAAACAGUCACUCGCAAAUGUGACUACAUGCUGCUCACCUCAGACUCCAAAUCACGUAUGAAUAAGUUAUACAGCAUCAUUCCCCAUAAAUAACCUCUGGGGAUUUCCCCAUCACCAUUCCUCCCUUCAUCACAAGAAUUCUCCACCUACUUCCACUUUCAGUUUCUGGACUAGUUCUCUUACCUCCUGGCUGAGGUUACCUAGUGACAUUUAAUGAGGGACUUAAAAUGUAUAUGGAUUGUUUUCACGUGUUUGUGUCUGAAAUAAUCCUGGCUGUUCCGCUAAGCCUAAUGGCAUUCCAGUUGCCGUGUCUAUGGCUAAAUUGCAAGUUGCCUUAACUGUUUAACACAGAACUUUCUCUGCUAAGCUAUUUCUGCCAUUUCCAUGUCGGGACAAGUUGACAGUGUGAGCAGCUUAUUUUGGGCUGGAAUGGUAGGAUUUGCUAUCUCUGGUUAGGCAAACAAGACCAGUUCUGUGCCCUGACCCUAGUUGAAAAGAACAGAACUUUGAAGCUUAAACUCAUUUUUAAAAAUGCGCCCCAGGUUACUGUCUUACUCUCAGAAUAUUGAUUUUACUUAACUUUUCUUACCUAGGCAUGUUUUCCUGCAUAUGGGUUUGACUGCUCUGCUUAGCUGCCCACAUCUGCAUGAGUGGCCAGAGUAAACCGUGUAUUUUUUUUUUACCAUAAAAUACUCUUGCCCUUUCCAGCUCAAGACAGUUUUGCAAAACCCCCACGAAGCCCCUCCAGCACGUCGCAAGAAGCAGUCAGGUCGCGCGACUGUAAGUCGCUUUUGGGGGUGGGGGGGAGCACAACAACCUGUUUGUUUGUCUGCCAGGGUCAGCCCUUGCUCCUGCGUAAGGCCCUUCCUCUGCCUCUUCCCCAUUCUGUCAUCGUGCUGCUUUGCAAAAUCAGUGCCCUUUAAUGGUCUAGUUAUACAUAGUUUUGCUUGUGGAAAAUAUCCACACAGUUAUGUUCAGUAAUCCUUCAGGAAUGGCUUCUCAAGUAGGGAAAGAAACCUAUAUUCUAAUUUUUAAAUUAAAUCUACCGGUAGUUUUUAAAAACAUCUAUACUACUUAAGCAGCAGAAUAACUGAAAAUAGUAUUCCCUAGCCCACCUUUCUAGAACCCUUAGCUAUAAGCUGCCAUAGUUGUGAUUAGAUCCCAGUCAUAAGAUUCUCUGGUGCAAGGAACUAGCUGAAGCUCUCACAAGAGGCUUGUACAAACCCCCUAUGAUUUCUGAUGCUUGUCUGUUGCUUAUUCGAUGUUCCAGUUUGCUUUUGAAACUCCCCGUUUCAAACACAGUUUUCCUUGCAGAGUGGAGGACUGCUGUUUAGGACAGGAAAGUGCCUUGAGUCCUUUUAGGCUCACGGCGCCUUGGAUCCUGGCCAAGUUCUCUUGAGAAGAACUGGAGCCAUCUCCCCCAGUCUUGUUAAAAAAAUAAAACUGGUCUCCCAUCCCUGAGUAGGAUAGGUAUUCACAUUAUUUGCCUUGCAUGAUGGUGUGAUCUUAAGAACAGAAUACUGAUCAUGUUUGGCCGGGUUACCUCCCCCUUAAAAAGAGGUGCAUGCCAUACACAUAUCCCCCCUUUUGAGCCAUUCAUACACAUGCCAUGCAAAUAUUAUCGUACUUAAGAUAUUAGGAGGUACCGCAUAGCAGGGACUAUUUGACAGCUAUGUUUUGUUUUGAAUUACCUAAAAGCCCCACAGGAGCACAUAUUCAGGAGUUGAAGAACUGUGUACACCACAGUUUCCAUCAUGGGGCUCAGGCCGUGUGCUAUUUGUCUUGCACCUUCUGUGUGAAAAAGCUUGUCCCUGUUGCUCUCUUCACAGCUUCCCCCAUCCAUUUCUCUCCUGUCACUAUGGCUCUGUUAUGAUAGAGCAUCUCUCUUGUCUGAUGUGUCGGCAACCGACGGCCUCACCCUUCUCCAUACUGUCUGUCUCUUUUUCAGAGUGUGAGCAGCACCUCUGCAGCAGGACCGGCUGGGGACCAAAGUGAGCUGGUCACCAGGAUCGCGACCCUGGAGGCAGAGAAUCAAAACCUUCGUUGUGGUGAGUGGCGAAACCAGAUUAUGACUUGCAACUGACGUGCCAGUAAAAUCUUCACAUUCUCUUGUUCAGAAGGAGGAGUCUGUGUGUUUUGACUUCUGUCAGCAUUCUGCUGAUGCUAAUACAGUAACUGGCAGGAAGGAAAGCAAAGUGCUCCAUGCUGUCAAUUUUGAUCCCAUUCAUUCAGUGUUCUCUAUCCCUUCUCCCAUUCUCUAGUGGUUACAGACCUUCAGCUUGCCAUUUCCAGACUUGAGAACCGCCUGAGUCUUCUGGAAAAAUCAUCUACCUCUCAUCACCCUUCACCGCCACCACCAACACAGGUAAAACCAUUUCUAAAGGAACAUGCCAUCGUGUAUUUCAUCCAGUUGUGGACAGGAACACUAUGGGGAUUUGGGGGAGUGGCGGCAGUGGGGUUGGGGAAACCUCUGCAGGGUGUUUUUAUUUAAGCCCCAUGGAGAAGUACAUAGUCUCAACCAGACCUUUGUGUGCUAGAAAGGUGGAACAAGUUCCUUAUCUGUGGGGUAACGUCAUUUGUUUGUUUUUGGAGAGCUUUGUUGCAGGAGGAAAUUGGCAAUGGUGGGCAUUUCAUUUUCAGCUGUUAACAUCCUUCUCAUUAAGGAGUGCCAGGGUUUCCCAGAAAAUGUGUUUUACUUUUAAAACUAUUCCCUUAAUCUGUGUGUGGAAGUGACUAAGUAAAAACUUUCAUUUUAAGUGCACUGGCCUGGGCUGUGAUAAGUUACUGUCCACAUUAGAAGAUCCCUGCUGAGUUAUCCCAAAGACCCAUUUCGUUCAGCAACCUGUUCUCAUGGUUGCCAGCCAGGUGCCCAUGGGAAACACCCCCACAGGAUCAGAGCACAACAGCACUCUGGGGUGGAAAGCCCAAAUGACAGCCCUCUCCCCAUAAUUGUCACGAAUCACAAUCCAUUUUGGUGUUUCUACGCAUCUUCAUACGUUUCCGAGCACAAUUCAAAGUGCUGGUGCUGACCUUUAAAGCCCUAAAUGGCCUCGGUCCAGUAUAUCUGAAGGAACAUCUCCACCCCCAUUGUUCUGCCCGGACACUGAGGUCCAGCGCCGAGGGCCUUCUGGCGGUUCCCUCACUGCAAGAAGCCAAGUUACAGGGAACCAGGCAGAGGGUCUUCUCAGUAGUGGCACCUGCCCUGUGGAACGCCCUCCCACCAGAUGUCAAAGAGAAAAACAACUACCUGACUUUUAGAAGACAUCUGAAGGCAGCCCUGUUUAGGAAAGUUUUUAAUGUUUAACAGACCACUGUAUUUUAAUACUUUGUUGGAAGCCGCCCAGGGUGGCUGGGGAAGCCCUGCCAGAUGGGCGGGGUAUAAAUAAUAAUUUAUUAUUAUUAUUAUUAUUAUUAUUUCCUUUCAUUUCAAUGGGGCUCCCUCAGGGUAACAUGAUGGAUUGUGCCCCAUGGGUCAAAUUUGUGCUUGCUUAUUGGCUGGCACCAAAAACUCACCCUCUCGCACCUCUCCCCUUCUUUUGCCUGUGACCAGAGUUCCUCUGCUCCUAGCGAUUACCUCCCCUCCCUUUUGGCAUUUGCUUUUCGCUUUCCCUUGAUGCAAGAUUUAUUUUGGUGUCUCCUUGAAGCAUGUUACUCCCAUGAAGAAGGUGGAACCGCUGACCCAUUUAUCAAGGAAAGUUGAGCUGCCUUCUGCUUCGUCUACAAGGAAAGCAGAGUCCGCCGCGGCAGCGGCUGCAGAUGAGGACGAUGACGACAUCGACCUGUUUGGUAGUGACGAGGAGGAGGAAGACCAGGAAGCUGCCAGAGUUCGGGAAGAGCGGCUCAAGCAGUACGCAGAGAAGAAGUCCAAGAAACCUGGCCUGAUUGCCAAGUCUUCCAUCCUCUUGGAUGUCAAGCCAGUAAGCUCCUUUUUUUACCCUUUUCCAGUGAGUCAGUGUCAUGGGGAUAACUUCAGGUGCUCCACUCAACUGGUAAAGUGUAUCUUGUGUGAAUUGGGUGUUCAUAAAGAACUCUCCACCUUAGCCCUGAAGCUCUGAGUGUGUCGUCUCUGCCCUUCUCUGUCUCUCACCCUGUCUCUGCAGUCGUCUGGGGUGCUGGAACAAAUAUGAGGAGAGCUAUGAGCAUUCCUUGUUCUCAGCACUUGAUUGUAGAUGCAGAGCUGAGUGUCCUGAAGUUUGGGCGAAAAAAAUGCGGAACUCUCAAGACUGAUGAAGCGCUGCCUUGGAGUACUAGGCCAUGGUUAAUGGGCGUUGCUUAAUAGGGUUCCUAGUGUUUGCUGGUUUGGGCUUCUUGCCUAACUCCAAAUUUGGCAUCCCCUUAGACUUUUCGGACAAACUAAAAACGCCUGGCUUUGUAUCAGAUUCAGGGCACUUAGCUCACAAAAUGCUUAAUACCAAGCAUAGGAUGAAUACGUAGCAAAAACUUAGUGCAGCAGUAAUUGGGUUCUCAACUCUCUUUUGUCUUUCUGUGUAAUGCUUAGAACCCGUGUCAUGGGUAUGUCAGAUACUCAAAUACAAAAAUAGAGGAACCGCUAGACAGAAACAUGCUGAUAUGAGGGAGUUUGUGUGUUGUAGUGGUUUCACCUUCAAAUCCCAGUCACAAAACUUGUUACGGCUUUGGGCUAGUCUCCAUCUUUUGAGCUAACCAAACUCACAAGAAGGCAGGUGAGGAUGAGAAGCGCGGGGCAAGAUUGCCCUGUUUGCUGCCCUAAGAUCCUUGGAGAAAAAGCAGGAUCAAAAUAGCACCCGGCAUUUUUACAACCCGUUCCAUCUGUUUUAGCAUCAGGGUACCUCCACAAGGCGGAGUUGCAUUCUACACAAGAAGUAAUCUUGCUGUAGCAUAACAUAUUGAAAUGGCAACUAUCUAAUAAUUUUUGCACUGCAAACCUCCCAAGUGAACCUUGCAGCCCAGUCAUCACUGUACUCUCCAUUGAAUUUGCUUUGGGCUGGAACUUGAUUGUACAAUCUCUGUUGUUCAUGGCAGACACUUGAUUGGUGCAUGUUUAAGGAAAGGUUUGGGGGUAUGUUACAUUUGGCAAAAAAGAGCUCUGUGGAGUAGCUUGAAGACAGGUGAAAGGGAAGAUCUAAAGUUUCAUAAAAUUGCUAACUGGAUUUUAUUUCUCACCAAUGCUGGUAAGCUAAUCUACAGUUGUGUAUGACUUCUCCAUUUCACAUAUUUACUUUUGGAUAAUCUCUGGGAAGUCUUUUAUUCCUGCAAGCAACCUUGCACUGCCUUGUGUCAACUGUACUCCCUUGGCUCCUGCAUUUUCCUUACUGAUUGUGUUGCUAACUCCCAUUGCCCCCUCUCCUUUCCCUCCUUCAGUGGGACGAUGAGACAGACAUGGCCAAGAUGGAGGAAUGUGUCAGAUCUGUUCAGAUGGAUGGUCUGGUUUGGGGAGCCUCCAAACUGGUCCCAGUGGGUUAUGGCAUCAAUAAACUCCAGAUCCAGUGUGUGGUGGAAGAUGACAAAGUUGGGACAGAUAUACUGGAGGAGGAGAUCACCAAGUUUGAAGAUUACGUAAGUUCCCACAGAGGACUAUUUCUCUGGCCCAGUUGCCCAGCCCACGGUGAUGUAAUUCUUCACUGUAGAGAUGGAUGGCCAUCUGUCAUGGAUGCUUUAGCUGGGAUUCCUGCAUUACAGGGGGGUUGGACUAGAUGAGCCCUUGGGGUCCCUUCCAAUUCUGUGAUUCUGUGUCCAAGUUGUGCAAGACUCUUAACAAGAUCAUAUUGACCAUAUUGGAGCUGAUCCAAAACAAUAGGGAAGAGGUGGAAUUUCAUGAACAUUCCAAGCUAUUUUGGGGGGAGAGGGCUUUUGCUUUUUUUUUCCCCCAGGGAAAAAAACCCCUGUGGGUUUUUAACCUUAACCUUAAAACGCUGAUGCAAAGCGUUUGACUGAGGCCUAGUGUAGUCACAUUAGUAGAACUUGUACAAAACUUCUCACAGAAAUUAGAUAGACAGACAGGCAGACAGAUUCUUUGGAUUUGGAUUUGAUAUCCCGCUUUAUCACUACCCUAAGGAGUCUCAAAGCGGCUCACAAUCUCUUUUCCCUUCCUCCCCCACAACAAACACUCUGAGGUGAGUGGGGCUGAGAGACUUCAAAGAAGUGUGACUAGCCCAAGGUCACCCAGCAGCUGCAUGUGGAGGAGCGGGGAAGCGAACCUGGUUCACCAGAUUACGAGUCCACCGCUCUGAACCACGACACCACUCUGGCUCUCAUUCUGUGUAGCUGCUUAUGUACCAGAAUGCGAUCUGCAUAGGUCACUGAAGCUGAGUCCCUCUUAAACCAGCAGCUGUGCUUGAGAGUCCCAUUAUGUUUCCAAACCUUCAACACACAUCACACCUUCUUAAUUAUCUUAAUUAUCAUGAGGGUUAGGGUUUUCAAACGAUCAGAUUGCAGAGUCUGUGGUUUGCACACACAGCCCCUUCGCUUAGGCCAGUCUUGGGAUUUAUUUUUUUUGGCCUGAGAGUGCAAAAACUCUUCUCACUUCGUUUUUCUCCCUUAUGUCUUCCAGGUGCAGAGUGUUGACAUAGCUGCUUUCAACAAGAUCUAACGGCAAACCUUUACACUUUCUAGAGCUAAUAAAAGGUCAAGAGUUGGAGAGCAGUGCUGUGUGAGGGCAUCUUUCUUUUCUGUUGUAGGAGUUGCUGCUGAUCAGAGGGCCUUUUUCAGCUCUCCUCCUCCAGGGUGCCUCUCUUGUUUUGGAGGUGGUUGAACUUAAAUGUGCACUGCCUGGAGAGAAAGGCGCUGGUCCUGUUACGUUUCUUGUGCAAAUAAAGUUCAUUUCAGAUGACCCUGUA